AUGGUGCUUUUUCUCAGUUAAACACAGAGUUGACUCAAAGGCCAAGCAAUGGGGGAGCCAUCCUCUCAUGCUUUGUUUUCUAGGAUGCAGGGAGCAUCUCUCGGUCCUUGGAGAUGCUGCCUGCAGAGUGGGGACUGGUGCAAGAUGUCUCAGACACCUUCUCAGCAGAGAGUCGCCAACUCCCUACCCGCAGUGGGAGGAGUGUGCGUGAGCCUCUCUCUCCUCGGGGUGGCCGGCCCAUGCGUCUUUUCUGGAGCCACGGAUGUCUUCUCAGUUUCUGGCCAGGUCACUUGUGUUUGAGUCGGAGCCUCACUGUCUGAAGAUCAUCACUCUUUGUAAAGGUCCGCCAGGCAUCCUGGGCCACCCAGAUGGUGUAGGAUGGAGGUGCCAGAACUCGCUCGCCCUGCCUCGCCUGCCAGGGGCCAGCCAGCUCCUGCUCCUGGACGCCCGGGGGCCUCAGGUGGGCAGGCCUCGCCUCACCUGACCCUGGGCCCUGUCAUUCUGCCACCGGAGCAGGGUCUGGCCCCUGCUGUGUUCCUGAAGGCUCUGCCUGUCCCGCUGUACCACACAGGGCCCCUUCAGCCACGUGCCCCCCUGGUGACAGGCAGCCUGGAUGGGGGUGGCGUGCCCUUUAUCCUCAGCCCUCUGCUGCAGCCUGAGGGCCCUGGCCCUACCCAGGUGGGGAAGCCGGUGGCCCCGACGCUCACCGUGAACAUCGUGGGCACGCUGCCUGUCCUGUCGCCGGGCCUGGGGCCCACGCUGAGCAGCCCGGGGAAGGUACGGAACGCUGGCAAGUACCUCUGCCCACACUGUGGCCGUGACUGCCUGAAGCCCAGUGUCCUGGAGAAGCACCUCCGGUCCCACACGGGGGAGAGACCCUUUCCGUGUGCCACCUGCGGCAUCGCCUUUAAGACCCAGAGCAACCUGUACAAGCACAGGCGCACCCAGACGCACCUCAGCCACUCUCGGCUGUCCUCGGAGUCGGAGGGAGGUGGGGGCGGCCUCCUGGAGGAGGGGGACAGGGCCGGAGAGAGCUCCAGGGCAGAGGGGGUGGGGGACAGCUGGAGCCAGAGCCGACUGGGGAGGCCCCUCUCCCCAGGCGCCCAGGGUGCCGGGCGCUGCCCAGUGUCCACCACGCACCUGCCUGCUGUCGCUAAGACCCUGGGUAUGAAGUUGGAGGCUGUUCCCCGUCCAGGGUCCACACUGUCUGACAGAGAGACCCCCGUGGACUCUGCCCAUGCGGCCUCCCCUGGACGCCCCCUGGCCGGCACCCAGCUGAGGCGGAAGUCACCAGAGCAGGCGUCCCCGACCCCCGGCCGGCCGUGCGCCCCGCAGCAGCAGCAGCAGCAGCAGGCAGUGACGUCCUCGGAGAAGUCCUGGGACGCCAGGGCCUCGGAGGGCCGGCUGAGGAAGUGUGAGAGCACCGACUCGGGCUACCUGUCCCGCUCGGACAGCGCGGAGCAACCGCCGGCGCCCUGCAGCCCCCUGCGCGGCCUGUGUGACAGGGAGGCGGCCCCGGGGCUGGAGCGGCAGCUGGAGCAGCGCAUCGCCUGGCUCAUCUCUCACAACCAGGCCGUGGUGGACGACUCCCAGCUGGACAGCGUGCGGCCCCGCAAGACAGUCCUGUGCAAGCAGGGCAGCAUCGACCUGCCCGUGCCCUACACCUACAAGGACUCCUUCCACUUCGACAUCCGGGCGCUGCCCUCGGGCCGGAGGAAGCCCGCCGCCCUGGGCUCGGCCCGCUCCACCGUCACGCCCCCGGACAAGGCGCGGCCGCUCUUCUUCCACUCCGUCCCCACGCAGCUCUCCUCGUCCGUGCCGUGCGUGCCCAUCACCAGGAGCAGCUCGCUGCCCUUCGUCGAGGGCACAGGGACGUGGCCGGAGCUCCAGGAUGCCGGCCCCCGGCGGCAGAAGCCUCUGAGCUGCAGGCCCGCCCCCGCCCGGCUGGCGGACGUCCCCGGCAGUCACCCGCGGGCCCUGGUCAGACAGGCAGCUGUGGAGGACCUGCAGUGUCCCCUCACGGGAGACGGCCCGGCCCCCGCAGAGGACCUGGAGGGCGGCAGAGCCGCUGCUGGCGAGGGGGCGGCCGGUAAGAAGUGUGGCCAGAGGCGGCUGAAGAUGUUUUCUCAGGACAAGUGGCAGGUGUACGGGAAAGAGACAUUCAAGAGAAUCUACCAGAAAAUGAAAACCAGCUACCAUGGAGGCAAGAAGGCAAGGGAGGGGACGGUGGGGAGUGGGACAGAGCCAGGUGUUCCUCUCCAGGGAGAGGUGGCCGGGGACGAGGGCAGCACCCCUGCCCAGGACGGGAGGAGCCCUCUCCAUGGGGACGUGUCCGUGGGGGCCACGCCAGGGCCUUGGGGAUGUGCACUGGCCCGGGUGACAGAGCCACCCACGGAGACGAUGGCCAGAGCAGGAGGCAGUGAGCCACCCCAGGUGAACAAGGCCACCUUCCCCCCCACCCUGAGCUGCAGAGAACCCACCUGUGCAAGCGGCAAGGGCCCUCUGCUUCCUCCAAACGGGAGGCUGGAGGUCGGGGCUCGGCUGUCCCCAGCGCCUGGUCCCCUCGAGGGAGGAGGCCUCAGGGCUCCUGUGCCGGGUCUGCCAGAUCCUCACCUGGAAGGAGGCACCUGUGGUGAGGGCGGCAAGAAGGAGACCGGCCAGCAGCCCCCGACGGCACCGAGGCCACCCAGCGGUGGCCCUGGGGAGCCCCAGCCUUCAGAGGACAAGCUCCCAUCAGAGAGGAAGAAGCCGAAGGUUGAGAAGCCCAGCUGCCAGGAGCAGUCGGGGCCUGUGGGAGCAGAAGCAGAGACCCCGGGUGGCCCCGGGCAGGCCACCUCCCUGCCAUCUCAGCACCAGGAUGGUGACCCUGGGGACACACCGGGGGAGCUGCGCGGGAGUGUGGAUGACAUGGGGGAGGGCAGGGCUGGGGAGCCAGGGAGGCUGUUGGAGCUUGGCGGCGGCUCCUCGACUGUUCCUUCCGUGGCCCUGAGGCAAGUCCUGUGGGACCCGUGCCCUGUGGCCACAUCCCCCGCACGUCACCCCCAGCCGGCUGCACGGCCCCAGGCCCCCAGCAUCCUCGCUGCCCCUGCAGACACUGCCUUUCCCCCCAAGUACCUGCUCAGGCUGCCUCAGGUUGAGGCCCGCACCCCACCCCCCACCCCCCAGGGGCCCAGACGGGGCCAGGACCCCCUCUGCAGGGAAAGGCGGCCAGAGGAACAGCCAUCCUUUGUUGAGCCAGGGCUGGGGACCUGCCUGCCUCCCUGCCCAGCCACGGGCUUGACCUCCGGUGGAGCGGACACCUCUGAGGAGGAUCCCGGCUGGUCCAGGCCAUGGGGCAGGAGAAAGGGGGGGCAGAGAGAGCAGAAGCCAGACUUGGACGCUGCCACCCCCGCCACAGGGCAGGCCCCUGGCUCAUCCGCCGGCAGCCCCAAGGAGACGACCUUCCUGCCCACCCCAAUGUGUGCUCCCCAGAAGAGUGGGACCCCUGAGCCCCAACACCUCUGCAUGGGCGGCCCUUCGGUGGGGGCCGGGCCCCCUGGGGGCGUCCUGAGUCCCUGUGCCCUCAGCAGGGAGUUGGGUGGACCUCCCGAGAACGCCCCUGAAAGCCCUCCCUCGGGGCCUCUGGCCCGGCUCAGUUCCUGCUGCUGCUUCCUCACGGCCCCCACGGCCCCGGGCUGCCCAGAGCUGGCCUGUACCCACUCAGAAACCCUGCGGAGCUCCGGGGCCCAGGGCCCUUUCCCGUCCUUGAGGGCUGAGCCCCGACUCACGUGGUGUUGCCUGAGCCGAAGCCUGCCUCUGCCCACAGAGCAGAAGGAAACGGCCGCUUCCGUCUACUUGGCCUUGCACUUCCUCGGUGGCAGCGCCCGGGACAAAGCUCCAGAGGCCCGGCCCCUGAGCAGGGCGGCGGUGGGAGGCCGGACAAGGACAGUCCUUGGAGAAGGCGGGCAGGUGCAGACAGCAAAGCUGCUCUGUCCAGUGGCCUCCGAAAUGGCGUCCCAGGAGCCGGUGUCCGAGCCCGAAUGCAAGAAGGGACCACCUUGGAGGAAGGCGAAGAUGUUCCGGGGCAGUGGCAAACAGAAGAGGCUGAGCAUCCGGUCCAGAAGGUACAAGACGGGUUUUGUACAGAGCCGUGUUCAGCUGAGAGGCAGCAGACUGCGCAGGCCGCCCAGGGCGCCGAGGAAGGACCGCCACGUCCUCACACUCGAGGGACUGGGCCCACGCGGGACCCCCAGGAAGGCUUCUUCAGAAGUGGCAGGUCCAAAUCUGCGAGGGGAGCCAUCUUGCGUCACCUCAGAAUCGCCUGUGUGUCUUGGGCAUGGACAGGAGGAGGAGGAGGGCUCCAGACCAGCCCUGAGAAGCUUCUCUUCCAGCACCAGUUCAGGGCCCGGCAGUGAAAUGGACCAGGAGACUCCUGCAGCUCCCAGCGGGCCCGGUGACCGCUACUCGCAGGACAGCACCUCUGGGUUGGGACAGUCUCUGUGCUCCGACUCGUGCGUGGCCGUGGCUACCGACGGCCUUCUGUCUCGAGGCAGAGGCCCCGGCGUGGGAUUGCCGGAGAUGCGCCCUCCGCCCUCCCAGGAGCAAGUAGCUCUGAAACUAUACGUUUUCUCAGAUGCUCAAGAGCCUUCUUCCCUCGAGUCCAGAGGAACCUCUCCCCGCCAGGAUGGUGCUACCUCGGUGGCUGCCAUGUGUGCUCUGGGGGAGAGAGCAGGUCACACAGCCAUGGCACGCCACAUUGCGGAGCCACGGGGCCACAGAGCAGCAGGGGAGGCUCUGACGCCAGGCUCCCCGGAUCAGAAGGUGAGAGCCGAGAGCAUGUCACCAUCAGUCCUGCCAGGGAAGCCUUCAUGUGGGCAGAGAAUUUCAGGUUUGCUCCUGUUGGGGUCAACUGGAAAGACUCAUCCUGAAAUACCGGCCUCGGGACCAGCUCCGGCCAGUCCAUACCAAGAGGAGGGGGAACACAAGACACUUUUGCCUACUGGGGGACAGUACGGGCCUUUUCCUUUAGGAACUGACAGUGGGAAAUGUCAAGUCUCUGGGUUAACUUCCCUAAAGGAUUGUGUGGUUCCUUCUAAGCCAGGGCAGUCCGGACCAUGCCCUGAAGCCCCUUCGAAGACCGUCAAGAGGAGGGGUCUGGAGGGCCUCAGGAAGCAGACUCGGGUGGAGGUCAGCGACACAAGCAGUGACGAUGAAGACCGGCUAGUGAUAGAGAUGUGAGGCUUCUGACGUCUGUGGUCAGAGGCAGACGCUGUCAGGCUGGCGGGACAGCUGAACUCUAUUUCGCCAGGCACCUCCACAUUAGGAGAGCCAUUUGGGGGAUCUUUCCACGACAUCCCCAACCAACUUGCGCCCCCCUUCCCCAGCUCCCCUGGCGGCGCACCAGGCAGGGCCAGGGUGGCAUCAGAGCAGAGUCCAAGAACGCCUGGUGUCUGAGAACGCCUGGUACACAGUGUCUGUGCUGGACUCCCAGCUGCACCCUCCGCAUCGGCCCCCCACUGCCGCAUCCGGCCAGAGGGCGCUACCCAGGAGAGCCACAGUCGCCACAUUUAUGUAAAAGCGAACCCGUAGAGUCAAGUCGGCCAGCUUCCUCCAUUGGUCAGCUGAGGGUUUGCUUCAAAGGUGGUAAGCACGCUCGGGUCUCUGGGGUGGCUUGCAGAGGAGCUGGGGUAUGACAUGGGCAUCAGGAUGUUUUUAUUCCUUCUAGAAACAAAAUCCAGAUGCAUUAAAAAACUGAAGUUUGGUUAGAACAACUUACGUCCUUAGUGGAAGUUGUAAAUAUCCCUCAAAAUGCCUAUGAGCUGGUGAAAUGUUGAUUGUCUUUAAAUGUCACCCAAAUGGUCAGUGCUUACCUACGAUCCUACAGCACAAGCAUGUAUUGCUCUUGGGCCUGGUGCCUUUUGUGCUGAGGCCUCUGAAACCCUUGGUGUUUUUAGCUCUUGCAAAGGAACACUGUGUUAAAAGUUAAUAGAACAGGCUCUGGGAUGAGUCAUUUUUUGAGGGGGAAAAAUUCACUUAUUUUUCUCUGAUUCUUUCUGUCAUAUUGUGCUCUGAGCAAUUUCAAUUAGAGGGGUACAUUUUAGUAAUCUGUACAGCUUAAAUUGAUGCCUGCUCAUCGUGACGGGAGCCUUUUAGAUUUCCUCCAGAAGCUUCAAGGAUACAAAACUAAUUGGAGUUUUGACGCUGUUUUACAUCUCAGUAAUUUUAUUUUGGGGGCUUGGUGUUACUUUGCUGUCAAAUUAAAUCAGCCUCUGUAUUGUGCAAGUCAGAACAGAACAGAUAAAAUUCCCCAGUAUUCCAAGCCAGUGCACCCCUGUGCAGAGCUGAAUAGCUGAUCUACGGCAGCAGACUCACUGAGCGAGGCCUCAGAUGUACUGUGUUCCUCUCCUUCUCCUGAAAUGGGAGAGGAAAAACUUAACGAGAUUUAUACUGCUGCAUUUCGAUAAAAUUUUAUACUUCCUUUUGGUGUGAUUUUGUACAAUUUGAAAUUUACAGCAGAGCUCUCUUGGCUUCGCUGCGACGUGACGAUGUUCGCGUGACGUCCUGUAUCCAGAGCAGCAGCACUGAGCUCAGUUCACACACGCGGACACGCUUUAACGCGUCCUUUCCUGGGGCCGAGGGUGGUCGUUUCAAGUAUCGUCAUGUGACUUUUCCAAUUUUAGGAUUAUUCAUAGGAAACUUCAAUGUAAGACCAGCUUCCCCUGGUGGCUUAGCAUAUGUCUGUGGUCAUUUCCAAUGCGCUCAUAAAAAUCCAAGUGAUUUCAAGCCCAGCCAAGAAAAACAUAAGAAGAGAGGUGAAAGGAUGCCAGGCAUUCAUUUCGUAUACUAUCCCCACCCCCCCGCCCCGUCGUGUACUUUUUAAACCAAACUAAAGUGCUGUGGUGAUGACCUACCUUUUGAAUUACCUGUGCCCCCGUAAUGAGAGAGGAGGUCUAGGAGAGAGGUCUGAGUCUUGGAGGAAGAGAAAAAAGAAGGCCUGACUUUGUCCUCAAUGGGCUGGGAAACCUUGGGUAAGACAUGUGCCCUCUCUGUGCCUCAGUUUCUCCAGCUGAGAAUGAGAGUUACACCAGAUGAGCUUGAAGCAUCUCCAGGCUCUAAUCCUUGUGAGACAAGCUCCCUCUCCUUUACCUCCGGGGACCUGGGGGGCUCAGAGGUGGCCCCCAUGGGGAGGGGUCCCCCACACAAGACUUCUGGGUGGGGACUGGGGAUUGGGAAGAACUGAAGAAUGAAUACCUUCUGCCAAGUGUCACCCUGAAGAACAUGAGCUUGGAGAAGCUCCGUAUGAUUUUUUUCCCCCAGAGUUCCAGAUUUGGGGGGUGCAUCAUCCAGUGUACAAAUCAGGCUCAUAAUUCAAAGAUUAAAAGCAAAACCAGAACACUGCCGUGUGAGGGGAAGACAGCAUGUGUAUGGGCUGAAUGGAGUACUUUGUCUGGGGAGGCACUGGUCAGGGGAAGAGGACUGUCUUCCAGAUCUUUCUUCCCUGGCGGCUCCUAAGUUAUCCACAGGAUUGCUGUUCUGAGUCAGUAAAGUCACAGCUUCAAAACAGCACUCACCUCCAGUUGGUGACAGAAGCCCUGUCCUUCUAAGAGCCACCAUUGCUGGGGGCCACAUCCCAACCUAGAUCAAAUAUGGCAGCACAUUGAUUCCAUCUGUCUGCCUCUGACCAAGGUGAGCAGGUUGCCAGACCAUCCUGUCAGCUGGUCAUUUAGCUGGCAGGUAGCAGUGUUUACAGGUGCACCUUACUUUGUAUCAGCGUGACUUUGCGAAAAGCUACAUUCCAGUGGAUUUAAAAAACAACAACAAAGUAUUUUGAAUGACUGUAGGGGAGUUGGAUAUUGGAAAUCAUCCUAAAGUAUUUUUUACAUGAAGAGUCCUUUUAUAAAGCCCCAAUAAUCUCUGAUUUUAUAAGUCUUAACUUUCCUAUGGGGUUUUCUUAAUGAGAAAUGCAAUUCCAGGGCUACGCUUUGAGGAUAACAUCCGUGAUCUCUAGCCCAGUUCUGGUUAUUGAAGAUAAAUUUCAAUAUUAUCAAUCGAUAAUUGCUGCAGUUUUUACUCUUCAAAUGCAUACUGUGUAAUGGUUAAGGGGAAACAAAUUUAUUUUAAAAACAAGGCAAGCUAGAGUUUACAGAUCAGGGAUUCCUCUCUCCCCCCAGGGCUGUUAAUUUUAUUGUACUUUUGGGUAAGGGUCUUAGCCAAUUGGUGCUCAACUUCUUCCACAGUGAAUAACUCCAGAGAUGCUGGCAUAGACUAAAGUCAAGUGCACUUUGAAUUCUUUGCUGUUCUCUCAGGGCAAGGUAUCCAAGUGCCAUGCCCCGUGAUACUCAACACUCACCACCAAGGUUACCUCUCCAGCUGCACUACAAGUGGCCAGACAUCCCUUGUUAAAGACGCAUGGGGGAAAAAGGCUUCACCUCCCCCCUUGGCAGCCUGUACUGUUAAGUGACUCUUAAAGUCACCUGGUGUUUAACAGGCUCCCUGAGUCCUCCUUGUUGUAAGGCGUGAUGGGGGACAGCUCAUGCCCUCCUCUUACUCAUCACCUUCGAGAUUCUGGAUAAAGCUAAUAUCCUUUUGACUCACAACCCAAGAGAAUCUAUGGUUCAUUGCCAAGAGAUUAAAAAAAAAAAAAAGGAUGGGGGAGGGGUGCCUUUAGAUUCUGAUCAAACCCUGCCAAUAGCAUGAUGGGUCACUAAGGGCAGCUUACACUCCCCUUCCUAAAAUCCUUCCUUUCAGGCUCGGUUGAGAAGAGUAGCUUUGCCAGAAGGCAUUGUGACCACAGUUCUUGGCAUGAAAGAUGAACGACUUGCAGCCUUAUGCCAAAAAGUAUUUCCUUGCAUUUACAUUCAUUACUUAGAAUGAUCACAUUAUUCAUCUUUUCCCCAGCAUAGAAAUUUGCAUCUUGCACAAAAUCUGCCUGGUGCAGCAGAUUUUCAUAGUUAUGGAAACUGUCAUCAUUAUUGGAAUGUGCUGCUGCUCAACUCUCCAGACAUAAUUGAAUAUGGUGAGGAGAAAACGGUCUGCCUGGCUCUGAGGCAGCCACAUUUUUACAACUGCAGCAAACAGAAGUGGUGUAUCUGUCCUCACUUCAGUUGGGAUUCCCAUAGUUCUUGUGACGGAGACUUCUUUGGCUUUUGAAACACUACAUUUCUUGAUAUUUAAGCACAACUUCAUGUCUUUGUCUUUCAGAACUCAUUAAAUAUAGGUGUCAGGACCCCGAAAAUCUUGUGUGCUAGAUUUGCACCUGUACAGUUCUCUUCACCCAUGCUUUGUACUUAUGUGGGCAUAUGUACAAUUUGAUCUCAAAAAGUCUAGGAACAUGUGAGCAUAUUGCUUCAUCACUGGAAGAAAAGGAGCCAGGAAAAAUAGUCUCUGUCACUGGGAGCCCUAGAGGAUGACUCCAAAUCUUCUACAUGCAGUCAGCUGUUCAGAACUUGCUACUCUUUUGAUUGUUCAUAAUCAGGAAAGCUAUUGGCUUCUUGGUUGUUUGUUGAAAUUUAUCUUCUUCUUU